AUGACUUGGAAACAGGCCACUAGGGGCAACAUUGAGGGCUGUUACCUUCAAAUAGGUUCCGGUUUUGCCAGGGCAGUGUGGACGUGGAUGGCGGAUGCACCAGCGUCCAGCUUCAGUUUCUGCCGUGCGUCCCUGGAGCACACAGUGUCUGUAGAGGAGCUCAGCUACCAGCUGCCUCGUCGGCCAGGGGCCAGUCUGACCUGGCACGAUGGGAGGGGGCAGAAGAACACACACACCGUCAAACUACUGCAGCAGCCUGGCACAGAGGGCAUACAGCUGCGUCCAGGCGAGGCCUUCACUGUGUACCACACCAGUCCUACUCUGUCCAGUCUGUCCAAACCAGUGGUUCUGUGGACCCAACAGGACGUCUGCAAGUGGCUGAAGAAACACUGUCCCCACAACUACCUGACCUACGUAGAAGCCUUCUCCCACCAUGCUAUCACAGGUCGUGCAUUGCUGAGGUUGAACGGGGAGAAGUUGGAGAGGAUGGGCAUUGUCCAAGAAACAUUGAGACAGGAGGUUCUACAGCAGGUCCUUCAGCUACAAGUCAGAGAGGAGGUCCGCAACCUGCAGUUGCUCAGCAGAGGGCUAAUGGUAACUACUUCUAAACUUCCAAAGAUCCAAUCAACCAUGGAUGAAUGA